AUGACUAAAGAAGAUAUGAUAUGUGAAGAGCAUUUUAUAAAAACACAUUAUAGAGAGAAAAGUUUACGUUAUGUGGUACGUCGACCGUUCAAAGAGCCACCACCUGCUGUGAACGACUCAUAUCAAGUAGCCGUUAGCAGAUUGAAGAGGGUUGAACGAGCUCUCAAAGGACAACCAACCUUGUGGUCAAUGUGUAAGGACUUUAUGUAUGAAUAUGAACCUUCUAACCAUAUGAAAUUAGUUCAACCAGGUGAGCAACAACCACUGAUUUAUUUGCCACAUCAUCAUGUGUGUCAAUUGGCCAGUUCUUCUACCAAACUAAGAGAUGUUUUCGAUGGAUCAAGUAAGAUAAAUGAUUUGUGCUCGCUUAAUGAUCGACUAUAUCGUGGUCAUAAAUUGGAAAAAAACAUUGUUGAUGUCAUCACACAUUUCAGAUUUCCCGCCAUUGUGUGUACCGCAGAUAUACAUCAAAUGUUCCGCCAAAUACAAGUUGACAGGGAGGAUCAGCAGUUUCAAGGUAUUGUAUGGAGAGACAAUCCAUCGAAACCUAUACAGAGCUACAGACUUGCAACAGUGACAUAUGGAUUGAUCACCUCACCAUAUCAUGCCUUAAAACAAUUAGCAUUAGAUGAACAAGACACCUACCCAAUAGGAGCGCAGAUCUUGUUAAAGGACUUUUACGUUGACAAAGUCAUGACUGGUGGUGAUAGUCUAAGGGAAGUAUUGCAUAAAAUUCAUGAACUUAUUGCAUUAUUAAAUCAAGGAGGUUUUGAGCUGCGAAAAUGGGCUAGCAACCACCACGUAGCCUUGCAACACAUACCCUCUGAACACCAAAUUAAAGGAGUAUCAUUCAAAGAAGAUAUAGACUCUACAAUAAAAAUAUUGGGCAUUAAUUGGAACACAACGAAUGACACAUUUACAUUUUGGGCGGAACCAAUGAAAACUAUCUCUUAUCUAACAAAAAGGGAACUAUUAUCCGAAAUUGCAAAAAACUUUGAUCCUUGUGGUUGGUUGGCGCCCUUAGUAGUUGUUGCAAAAUUGAUAAUGCAGCAAUUGUGGGAAGACCACAUCCCCCAACAUUUAUUUAACGCCUGGAAAAUACAUAGAACGUCAUUUAAAUUUUUAAACACAUUUGAAGUACCACGGCACAUAAUUAAUUCAUCGGAGCACAGUACAUUUCUACUGCAUGGUUUCAGCGAUAGCUCUGAAAAGGCUUAUGCCACUGUAGUCUACAUCGUCUCCACUCAAGAACAUUCAGUACCUACGUUGCUAGCAGACAAUUAUGAAAACUCUACAUUUAACAUUAAAGAAAGAACAGUGCAAUGCAGUAUGCCAUUAACGCCCACGUCAAGCACUUCACCAAGUUUGCAACUCCUGAAUCGUCAUUCUAAUCUAGAAAGGUUACAGAGAAUUGUGUCUUAUAUUAUUCGAUUUUGCAGGAACUGA